AUGAAGCAACUGAGUGCCAAUGUGGUCAGAGUUGUUCGAUACACCUGGGUGGCAAAUGUUGUGCCUAUGACAAAGAAGGAUGGAAAAACCAGAGUCUGUGUUGACGAUAGAGACAUGAACAAAGCAAGUCCAACGGAUAACUUUCCUUUACCAAACAUCCACAUCCUUGUAGAUAAUUGCGCAAAGAAUGAGAUAGAAUCUUUCGUGGAUUGCUAUGUUGGGUACCAUCAGAUUCAAAUGGAUGAGGAUGAUGCAGAAAAGAUCGCUUUCACUACUCCAUGGGAGUUCGACAUCGUCUAUGUCACUCACACCACAAUAAAAGCACAGGAUUUGGCAUAUUAUUUGGCAGAGAAUCCAGUUGAUGAUGUUUACAAGCCACUGAGCAUGUACUUCCUAGACGAAGAGGUCAACUCAAUAGAGAAAGUAGUUCCAGACGACAUCCAUGCAUGGAAAACGUAUUUUGAUGGGGCUAUCAAUAUCAAAGGAGCUGAGAUCGAGGCAAUCCUCAUCUAA